GAUCAGCGGAAAGCCUUCCGGGCCACCGUGCAGACAGGCGCCAUGAUUUUCCUGAGGAUGCGGCCAGAAAAUUGACGCUUCCUGCUUGGAUAAACGCGUAGCUGAAGCCUACAGUUGUAAGGCUUUGCGCUGUCUUUUAAGUAACAGGUAUGGCCUGGAUCUGAUUUGGACCGUGCUGGUGAUGGCAGAAGGGACCCGUACUGGCGAAAUGCCGUCCUUUGACCCAAGUCCUGGUGGUUCUGAAACUAAAAAGAGACCCACUUCUUCAGAUGGCAGAGAUGAGCCCAUGAGGAAGAUGCCUGUGACAAAGUUUGGAUCCAGACCUCGAUUUGAGCCUGUGCACUUUGUUAGCGGUGGAAGCAGCGGCGGAACUGGCACGGAUGAGAAGGAGAACGAUAAGGAGCACAGGAAGACUGAGUUGCAGGGUGGAAGACAGUGGGACUCUCAUCACUCCUCCUACAGCGGCCGGCUGCAGGGCUUCUGCUCUCUCAGGCCCGCUUUUGACCGAGUCCCAUCAUACUCAAGUGACUUUUGGGGUUCCCACAGAGACAGAAAUAGUUCCAUGGGUAGCACAAGUGGACUGGGUUAUGGAGGCCGUGGGUCAUCUUUAAACUACAUGGCGAAAACCCAGCAGGACUACACAGCCAGGUACGAGGCCCACUCCUCUUCUCAUAGGUUAGAAUCUUAUUCUAAGCCCCAGAGGUAUAACGAAUACGGGGGAGGGAGCAGAACUAGCAGCUGGGAUUCAGGACGUCAGGGUUUGGGGUAUGGCCAUCAGGACAGGCCGUUCAGCAAAGUCUACAACAGUCCGAGCACGAGCAGUACUAAUGUGUCACAGUCAGAGACUGUGAAGCCUCUUUUAACAUCUCACCCCACGUUAGAAGAAAAGCAAAGGCUGAUCAGAAGUGUUGCCAAUGCAUUAUCUGUUGCCUUUAGGAACCCUUUGUUGAUGACAGGAAGUGAUUCACCAAACUAUAAUUUUAUGUUGAGCCGCAGCAUCCAGGCCUGCAAGACCAACCCUGAGUAUAUUUACAUCAACCUGAAGGAUAUUCCCCAGGCUGACCUCCCAAAGAACAGGAAAGUGCCAACAGAUGGGUACGCCUGUGAACUGAGAUGUCAGGGGGUGUAUCUUGCAACCGGAUACUCCGGCAGCAAAAACGGAGCAAGGGACCGGGCAUCCGAACAGGCUGUGAAGCUCUGUCUGAAACCAGUUGAGGUCCGUGUUGUGCAACGUAAAUACAGACAGGUGGUAGUCAGUGACAUGGUUGUAUGCCAGAUGAACAGCCCAACCCCAGCAUUCCUACCUGCACUCCGAAACCCAGAAGACAAACUGACACCCAGUCCUAAGGGCCAGCACGAGCCCGACCGAAACAAACACUGGACUGAGUUUCUGGUCAUAGACAAUGCUCACGAUGCCAUCUGCAUCCUGAACAACUCUAACGCGUUCAAUCGCAUGAAGAUCGAUUACGAGUUUGUUCAGCUACCCAACAAUUUGUGGCAGUGCAGUAUUUUCCUGCAGGACGAGCUCAUAGCACAGGCGACUGGAACAAAAAAAAGCUCGAAACAUGCAGCAGCUGAGGAGGCUGUGAGAAAACUUCGCCUAAAUCAAGCACAGCGAGAGCACUGGCAGAAAGAAUCGCAGUACUUCAGCGGAAAUAACCAGCCCAAUUCUGGGGACUGCUUUGGACAACAGUCAGAGUCUGGUGGUUCUUUUGGGCCGCAGGGUGUUGGUGUCAGAAAGAAGCAACUGAGUGAGCUAGUAAUCUUGGAGAACUCUGAUAAUGCAAUCUGCAUUAUUAACGACACUGCUCAGUUCAACAAAGUAACUGCUGACUACCGAUUCUCAGUUUUGCCUGAUCAUCGAUGGAAAUGUGAAGUUUACCUUGAAGGCCAGUAUGUUGCAGCAGGAAUCGGGCCAAAGAAGUUAGUGAAGCACAUUGCAGCAAAGGAGGCUUUAGCCUCAUUAAGACAGACUCAAGCUGUGGUCAAAUCCAACUUGAGGAAGGAGGGACACGACGCUAUAUCCCGUUCUCAGAUCCUGGCUCGCUCAGACGAGGAGGCCUUAAAACAGGAGAUCAAGGAGGACAAUAUUGGAAACCAGCUGCUCCGUAAGAUGGGCUGGAAAGGAGGCGGUCUUGGCCGGGACGGGGAUGGCAUCGCAGAACCUAUUCGAGUUAAGGAGCAGUUCUCCAGGGAAGGUCUGGGCAUGGAAAUGGAUAAAAUGGGGAACCAGCUCAGCAAGCGUGAUAUUGAGGGCAUCAUUCGUAACUACGCCAGUUCAGACAGAACGGACGACCUUCGGUUCUCCAACGAACUCACCAAUGACGAGCGCAAGCAGGUUCACCAGAUAUCCCACAAAUAUGGCCUCCGAAGCAAGUCCUACGGACAGGGAUGGGACCGGUUUCUCGUUGUCAGUCGAAAGGUACACAGAGACCAGCUGAUUGGUCAGCUUUUACAGGAAGGGCAGGUGGGGCGAUAUGAGCUCGUCAAGCCGCAGGCAUCUCAUUAAACUUCAUGAAAUUAAAUUGCAAAUUUCCUUAAAGUUGGACUUCAAAGGAUAUCAUACCAAGGCCUGGUCUUGACAUGGCAGUAACAUGCGUCCUGGCUGGGAAACUACUGCAUUGCAUUUAUAUCUGGUAUUAGAAUCCAGCUUCACAUGCAGAAAAACAUGUAGCCACACUGAGCUGUCAGCUGAAAUCCUCUAAAUACAGUUUGAACCAGACCUUUACAUGCACUUGUCACAGCCAUUCAUUUGGUUUUAAUUUUGCGAUUUUAAUGGUGUAUUUGAGCCUUUCGUUUUCCAGGGAUCAAUAAUAAUACGCUGAACAGCAUAAGAGACUUUUUGAAAACAAGAUUUGGGUGCACAAGUUUGAAUUAAGGUGGAUUUUCUCUCAACACCUCAGAAUUAUGCAUGUAGGUUCCAAUUUAUAAGUAUGCUGGGAUAAUUGACAACUCUUGGCAGAAUUGGUGGAGUUCAUCCCUCCACAAAUUGUUAAUAGGGUUGAGCUCUUGGCUAUCCCACAAGCUUGAUGCUAACUUGCUUUAUCCAUUCCAAACUGCUUUUGGGGUGUGCUUUGGAUGAUUCUCUUGUACGAACACUUUAUUGUGUCCUGGUUCCAACCAUCUGACCCAAAGUUUCCACCUCCGACGAAAUGUAAUUUGUUAGGAGGUUUAGAAAACAACCAAAAAAAACCCCAAAAACACUACUAAGGUUUAGACCUAUCAUAAACUAAAAAUCAGUUUCACCAAGCGGUUGGUGACCAGGGAAGAACCACCUUUUAACUUUCAGGUUAAAUUUGUAGCUGCCCAGAUAGACGAGCCAAAUGUUUUCUGGAGGAAAGGUUUUCUGGUCAGUAAAGACUAAAAUUUGAACCAUCUGGUCACAAAGAUAAUGUUUAAGAGUCGAGGUGAUGCUUUGAGACCCAAGAACAAUAUCAACUGUGAAGCAUGGUGGAGGCUGCAUCAUGCUAAGGGAUUGUUUUGCUGCCAGUGGUGCUGGUGUAUUGCGCAGCGUGAAUGGAGAGACAAAGCUCUUCAACUUCACUUCAGAUAAACUGCUAGAUGGUUGACCCUGGUUUUAUAUUGGACAAAGCAAGCUAACAUAAAGGUUCUGGAAUGGCCCCGACCUCAGACCUAUUAAGAAUUAAUGGACUAUGCCUAAAAGCCGGGUCGAUACCAGGAAACACUCCCAACGUUUCUGAUAAGAAGGUUGGUCAGAUAUCCAGCCAACAUUAUGCCAGGAGACUGAUUACUACACAAAGUGUGCUUUCUCUGGAACUUUAGGGACAACUAACCAAAUAUAAAAGAAUGUGUGUAUAUACUUAAGCCUGAAUAUUUAAUUACAUUUAAACUUGUGCACCUGAUCAUCGUCAAAAUCACUAAAGUUGUAUUUUUUUUUUUUUUUUCUGUCCACCGUAUAAAAAAAUAUAAUAAAAAAAUAAUUAAAUGGCCCAAAUGAGUGAGUGGAUGAGGCUGUGAGUGAACUCAUUUUACUGUUUUUCACCGACAGCUCUGUCCUUUCACUGAGGGGAACCAUCCCUAAACCGUUCCGACCAUGUUCACACCUGUAUUAAGUACUGUCCAGAUGAGAUUGGGUCAGCCAGGACUAAUGUUACUACCCAGUCUGAUUUGGGCCAGCGUGUACCAGCCGUUCAUACAUGGGUGAGACAAGUUUGCAACACCCUUCAUUAAACAGAAGUUUUCAUGUAUGACUAACGGUUUUUACAUUCCUUCAUUUGCAGAAGACUGCAGUCUUUCUACAUCUGAGCUCGUCAGUGCUCUGUGGGAUCUUGUUUAGUUAUUUUCAAUCCAAAAACAGCUUUUUGAACAUUACUGCCUGACUGUUUGAUCAACCCGGCAGAAAAUGCAGCUUUUCUUUGUUUGAAAACACUGUAGACAGUUCACUCAUGCAAGACUUGGAUUAAAGCGGCAUUAAAAUCUAACUGUAGCUACUUCAUACCAGCCUUACUGUGGUAAUGCAUCUGUUUUCUGGAAUGUGGUAUUUGCUUUUGUGUCCGUUACAGGAGAUCAUUCUCUGCCAGAUCAGUGAUCCCAAAUAUUAUGUUGAGUCUGUGGUCUUAAUGGUAUGAUGGUUGUUUGUAUGAGUACAUUUGACCUGUCUGCUUGUUUUCACAGCUGUAAGUACUAAAUAAAUGGAAAAUAAUCAUCAAGCUGACCUUUGUUCAAAUAAACAUGUGCGUUUACAUAAAUUA